UUGUCACCAGAAAAUAAAGCACAAAUUUUCGCCUUGGAAGUCAUGAUGAUGUUCAUCCUGGACAAUAUGCUUUUUCUUCUGAUCCUUUUGGGUCUGGCCGUUGGUCAGCGUUUACCUCCUGGCAUUAAUCCAAAACGCUAUCAAAUGCCAGAGCAUAUUCAUCCGUCGCACCCUCAGGAAUAUUCAUACAAUUAUUUUCAAAGUUCAGAGGUUAAGGAGACGCAACAUAAUCAUCAGCAGCCACAAGUAGAGCGGGCUCCAAAGAAAAUCUUGACCAAGGGAAAUAUGGAACUAGAGCGUAGUCACAUCCAGGAGCAUAUGUCAGUGCCCUUGGACACUAUUCACAUGUCCGAGGCUGAGUUGCAGUUUCAUUAUUUCAAAAUGCAUGAUUCCGAUGACAAUGACAAGUUGGAUGGUUGUGAACUAUUCAAGGCAAUGAUACAUUUACAUGAUGAACAGAUUAAGAAUAAGAAAGAAAUAGAUACUUUCACAGAUGAAGAAGUUGCAGCCUUAAUUGAUCCCAUAAUGGAAAUGGAUGAUACCUCACAAGAUGGUUAUAUCGAUUAUCCAGAGUUUAUCAAGGCCAGGGAUAAGAAGAGGGAUUAAGAUUUUAAGAUCUUCACUAAAACAAUAUCAUAUGUACAAACAAAUUGUUGCUUGAGGAAUUGAUAAUAAUGAAUAAAAACCUUAUAGAAGAUUA